AUGUUCUCAUCUAUAAUCAGUGUUCUUGAGAUUAUUGAAGUGGAUGGACCAUACUCUGAAGAGAGAUAUGAAGCAUAUAAUCUGUUGAAUUUGAUGCAAAAUUUUAGUUUUCUACUUGGUCUACAUUUGAUGAGAAUUGUGUUGGGAACUACAAAUGAAUUAUCAAAGGCAUUACAAAGGAAAGAUCAAGACCUUGUGAACGCCAUGUCCUUAGUCAAAGUAGGUAAGCAAAGAUUGCAAAUGAUGAGGGGGGAUGGAUGGGUUUCUUCUUUUUGUGAGAGACAUGAGAUUGAUGUUCCAAACAUGGACGAUAUGUUCUUAACUCCAGGACGACUACGUGAAAAGCUCAUGAAACUUGGUGGUCAACUUAAGAAUUAUAUUUUUGAUGUACGCUCUAGUACUAGUUUUGAAGGAUUGAAAGGGAUUGCUGCUCUUGCAAAAAGAAUGGUUGAGACAAAGAAAGACAAAGUAUAUUCGUUGGUGUAUUUGCUUGUGACAUUGGCGUUGAUCUUACCAGUGGCAUCUGCCUCUAUGGAGAGGGCAUUUUCUGUGGAGAGGGCAUUUUCUGUGGAGAAUUUUAUAAAGAAUGAAUUUCCCAAUCAGUUGGGAGAUCAAUGA